CAUCGAACAAACGACGGAGAUCCUGUUGUGCCUCUCACCUGCCGAAGCUGCCAAUCUCAAGGAAGGAAUCAAUUUUGUUCGAAAUAAGAGCACUGGCAAGGAUUACAUCUUAUUUAAGAAUAAGAGCCGCCUGAAGGCAUGUAAGAACAUGUGCAAGCACCAAGGAGGCCUCUUCAUUAAAGACAUUGAGGAUCUAAAUGGAAGGUCUGUUAAAUGCACAAAACACAACUGGAAGUUAGAUGUAAGCAGCAUGAAGUAUAUCAAUCCUCCUGGAAGCUUCUGUCAAGACGAACUGGUUGUAGAAAAGGAUGAAGAAAAUGGAGUUUUGCUUCUAGAACUAAAUCCUCCUAACCCGUGGGAUUCAGAACCCAGAUCUCCUGAAGAUUUGGCUUUUGGGGAAGUGCAGAUCACGUACCUUACUCACGCCUGCAUGGACCUCAAGCUGGGAGACAAGAGGAUGGUGUUCGAUCCUUGGUUAAUCGGUCCUGCUUUUGCGCGAGGAUGGUGGUUACUACACGAGCCUCCAUCUGAUUGGCUGGAGAGGCUGAGCCGCGCAGAUUUAAUUUACAUCAGUCACAUGCACUCAGACCACCUGAGUUACCCAACACUGAAGAAGCUUGCUGAGAGAAGACCAGAUGUUCCCAUUUAUGUUGGCAACACGGAAAGACCUGUAUUUUGGAAUCUGAAUCAGAGUGGCGUCCAGUUGACUAAUAUCAAUGUAGUGCCAUUUGGAAUAUGGCAGCAGGUAGACAAAAAUCUUCGAUUCAUGAUCUUGAUGGAUGGCGUUCAUCCUGAGAUGGACACUUGCAUUAUUGUGGAAUACAAAGGUCAUAAAAUACUCAAUACAGUGGAUUGCACCAGACCCAAUGGAGGAAGGCUGCCUAUGAAGGUUGCAUUAAUGAUGAGUGAUUUUGCUGGAGGAGCUUCAGGCUUUCCAAUGACUUUCAGUGGUGGAAAAUUUACUGAGGAAUGGAAAGCCCAAUUCAUUAAAACAGAAAGGAAGAAACUCCUGAACUACAAGGCUCGGCUGGUGAAGGACCUACAACCCAGAAUUUACUGCCCCUUUGCUGGGUAUUUCGUGGAAUCCCACCCAGCAGACAAGUAUAUUAAGGAAACAAACAUCAAAAAUGACCCAAAUGAACUCAACAAUCUUAUCAAGAAGAAUUCUGAGGUGGUAACCUGGACCCCAAGACCUGGAGCCACUCUUGAUCUGGGUAGGAUGCUAAAGGACCCAACAGACAGCAAGGGCAUCGUAGAGCCUCCAGAAGGGACUAAGAUUUACAAGGAUUCCUGGGAUUUUGGCCCAUAUUUGAAUAUCUUGAAUGCUGCUAUAGGAGAUGAAAUAUUUCGUCACUCAUCCUGGAUAAAAGAAUACUUCACUUGGGCUGGAUUUAAGGAUUAUAACCUGGUGGUCAGGAUGAUUGAGACAGAUGAGGACUUCAGCCCUUUGCCUGGAGGAUAUGACUAUUUGGUUGACUUUCUGGAUUUAUCCUUUCCAAAAGAAAGACCAAGCCGGGAACAUCCAUAUGAGGAAAUUCGGAGCCGGGUUGAUGUCAUCAGACACGUGGUAAAGAAUGGUCUGCUCUGGGAUGACUUGUACAUAGGAUUCCAAACCCGGCUUCAGCGGGAUCCUGAUAUAUACCAUCAUCUGUUUUGGAAUCAUUUUCAAAUAAAACUCCCCCUCACACCACCUGACUGGAAGUCCUUCCUAAUGUGCUCUGGGUAG